AUGGCUAUCUCUCUAAGUCCGACUUCGGUAUUUGUGACGAUCUUUCUCCUCUACAUAUCCACCUUUGUGCUCUUCGCGAUAAUCCGAUUUGGCACCGGCAUCUCGAUCCAGCGCAUAGGCUACUUCUCCCUACGUCGUAUCGCCUACUCCCCCCGGGAAGGAAUCCACAUCAGCAUCCGCGGUCUUGGAUUGUCUCUGCAUUGGCCUACGUUUGCACAGCCAACUUAUGUCAGCAUCCGUGUCAAAGAACUAUCAGUGACUGUCGAUCCGAAUGUUUUGCGUGGCGGAAAAAAUGCUGCGGUCGGCUCAAAGGACAAAACGUCGGAUUCGGUCACUGUGAGUGACGAAGAUGAUUCCGCGAACGAGGCAACUAAGCAAUCGGUGUUCCGCCGUGGCACCCCGACCGAAAAGGCCUACUCUAGAAUGUGGAAAGCUUUGACUACGGCGAAAGAAGCAAUAAAGUGGCUGCAUAGAAGAAUACAUCUGUGGUCCCUGGUCGAUGUGACCGCGACGGACACCACUCUGCGGAUUGUGAAAGCUGGAGAGAUUCAAGUUGGAGGUAUUACGGUGGCUGUUGAUACAAGACGGAAUGUGAUGGAGCGUGGGAGAUUAUUCCGCCACAAGAAAGAUCCAUCUGGCGAUCAGCAACCCGCAGAGUGGAUGUUCAACAUAAAGAAUGUGCUUCUUGCACUGGAAGGUCAGGAGCCAGAGGAAAUUGUGGACAAUUUUGGGCUUAACAUCCAUGGCCUGCUCCACAAGGGCAUAGAAGGUUUGAGGGACGUUUCAGUUUCGGUCAAGGUCGGAAGGCUACACGUUCCAUACGAUGAUCUGGUCUCCUUCACACGCCGAAUACCAAGGCCGGAAACGCCUUUGCGGAUGCAUAAAUUGAACUAUGCGGACGAUGGAAUAUCCUUUGCUGAUAUCGUUGAGGAACUGGAUCAUCCUGGAACUCGGGAAGCGGCAAUCGUUCAAACAGUGGCGGAAUCCCGCCAGUUUUUAGCUUCCAUGCUUCGUGGUAUCCAGGAAAUCCAACUUGCUCUGAGCUUCUUCCGGUUUUCUCAUGUCGUACAGCGGCUUUCGAAGGGAAAGAAACCUCAGUAUUUAAACAUCGUCACGCAUGAGGUCGGCGUUGAUUUCCACCGGAUGGACCCCAAUGACCCAGCGCACAGGAUGUACUUCCAGAGGAACGAUAUCGCCCACCAGGCUCUGGUAGCUGCGAUUUCAUCGUCCGUUUCCCUCGAUGACAACACAAACGACCGUGAUAAAAUAAUGUACAUCCCAAUGGCAACAGCGACAAUCAAAACGACACUGCCGUCCAAGACAGUCUCGGUUUCGGAAAGGCACGAUGCCGCUGAACGCAAUACAAACGUGCUCUUUGCCAAUUUUGUCGUAACUUCGCCGUCUGUGGACCUGGAACCAGGGAAGUUGGCCCAGAUAAUAAGCUUACUUCAAAGAAGGAACGUCACUCGUAGAACGAGGAAGAAGGACAAACAUCUUUUGAUUUCUCGUCUUUUACCAAAAGCCUCGAUCAAAUUAUCAGUCCACGAGCCGGUUCUUCGAUUUGUUCUUCCUGUUUCUGCACCCUCUAAACAACAUGACUAUAACCUACUCGUCUCCUCAAUAUCUUCAAUAUCCCUGGACAUUGAAUCGUCUCAUUCGGCUGAAGAAGGAAUUCAAUAUUCAUUGGCCUCAGUGUACAGGGUAGCAUCCCAUAUGCUAUACUACCAGACAGUUUCAGGGGUUAAACAUCAUCUUAUAUCUACCGAAUCCUUGGAAGUCAAGCUUCAUCUGAACGCGACAACGGAGCUGUGUGUGGUAGCUUCUGGAAAUUUAAACACCUUCUCCGUUCACCUCGUGAGCGGUGAAGUUACCAAGGGCGUCCACCAGGUGAUUGAACAGUUUCAUGAUCAUGUUCAGCCAACUAAAUUACCGCCAGCCAUGGAUUCAAAUUCGCCCAGCCUCUUAAGACGGCUCCCGCCAUGGUUAUUACAAUUUCAGUUUGAGAUACUGGGCCUGGUCGUUGAGGUUGCUGGAACCGACGAUACAAUCCGGCCAGCUACCCGAGGAAUUGUUUUACAGGUUGGUGGAUGUUCAGCCCACUAUGAAGCCCAAAAGGUGGAGCCGAACAAACGAGUAGCCCGAAGGCGAACCCCAAGCCAUUCAGCCAUAUCCGAUGAUCCUACGUUUAGAUUUACCUCUACAUCACCAUCUCGCAAGUCAUACAAUGGCCCGGCAGACGGUAGACGUCUUGCAAUCCAUGUCCGAAGCCUCGAAGGCUUCGUCAUGGAAUCCGCAGAUUAUAUGGAAACAGAAUCUUUUCUAUCUGUUCCCCGUUUUGAGGUUGCUCUCAGCACCACGAGCGACCUACAAGGGCCGAUAUUCCACAUAAACUCAAUUGUGCACGAAAUUUUCCUAAAACAUUCUCUUUAUCGAUACUACGCCAUCGGAAUUGCCUUUAUGGUUCUUCAAGAUACCUUUUUCAACAAAUCAGCGAAGAAGGCCCCGUCGACGGGGCAAGGCAGCAAAAGCCCUGAGUCACUCGGUGUUCCACCUCUCUCCAGAACCGAACUGGUCACUAUUGAUUUCAAGGCACCUUUGAUUGAAGUGAAGCUGGCGAUGCCUAUGGACCCUGCAAUGAUGGUGCAGGUAUAUGGAUUGGCGGCUGGUCGUCACAGGUGGUCACCUCCGUUCAUUCGUGCGCACCUUGUUCGCCUUCAUGCGGAGGCCCCGAAACUGAAAGGCGUAUGGGCACGAAUCGUGAGCGUAAAAAAUAUGCGUGUUGGGUUCAGAGAAAGUCGAACCAAACAAGCGGAGUCGAUAGCCGAUGCCAAGGGAUACGAUAUAUCGACUGAUUUCAUCCGUCUCGCCGUACCCCACCAUAUGAUUAUGCACCGUGUUUUUGAUAACUUCAUCAACACUACCAAAGCUAUUCAACAACUUAAUCAUCGCUUUAAAACAAGGACCAACGAGUACGUUCUGGAAAAAAAUCCCGAAGGCCCGAAACAUGUCCCGCGGAUAUCAUUGCGAAGCAGAGUACUGUUGUUCGAGCUAGAAGACGAUGCAUUUGAAUGGAAACUUUCAACCAUCUAUCGGCUUGGCCUCUUAGAGCAAAAGCAGCGGUUGUCUCGCGAUGAGGCUUUUAUGAUGAAAGUGAGAAAGGUUGAGGAGUGUCAGCACCGCCAUGCAUCUUCUCGGUUGCGUACGCAAUCGGCGCUCCCUGUCUCUCACAAAUCGCCGGCGGCAUCUCGCAAGAGUGGCGAAACUCAACGCAGCAAAAGCGCAGAUCGUCACGACCGCUCCCGGUCAACCUCCAGAGGUAGACGUGCGAAGCGGAAAGUUAGAUAUGACCCUGACGCUAUUCGUAACUUUACGGAUUGUUGCAAAAUUGCCCUCGACGAUGCGUGGGUUCGGCUUCGCCAGCAUGACGCACGUUCCUGGAGAACCAGGAUCGAUAGCUCUAUACGCUUCCAAAACACAGCAAUUAAGGAGAUCAGAGCUCUCUUUGCUGGUGCCGAUGAGCCGCCGGAAGGCAUGCAGGAUGAUGAAUCGAUAUUGGCUAUACCUAACCGGCCGGGUUUGCUGGCUGUUACGAUUAGUGACGUCCAUCUCGUUCUCGAUAGGCCCUCAUUCCCAAUAAACUCCUACGCCGAAUAUAUCAACAAAAUCGGUAAAGGAAUGCCUAUGGACAUGAAAUACUCCUUGUUGAUACCCAUGAGCAUCCAUCUAGAUAUGGGAGAAGCAAGGGCAAACCUUAGAGAUUAUCCUCUUGACCUAUUACAUAUUCCCGCCUUACGUUCCGGUCAACCGGCUCGCCUCGCCUGUUGGUCUGUUAGUGGAGACUUCGUGAUCGCAGAGGAGUUUCGUGACCACGAAUCGUCCAGACGCGUUAUGGUCAAUAUUGUGCCACCAACGAUUACUCCUGAUGGGGUCUCUCAUCCUGGCUUCUCAAUUGACGUUCGCCGAACCGUAUCGCCUGUCAAGACGUAUUCUGACCCGAAAAUCGAGAUUAAUACAAGCCUUCCGACAAGUAUAUCUUGGGGAAUGUCUUACCAGCCCGUUAUUCAAGAUAUGAUGAAGAUCAUUGAAGGAUUUUCAAAACCAGAGAUCGACCCCUCUGAGCGCGUCGGAUUCUGGGAUAAAAUCAGGCUCAGCUUUCAUUCUAGGAUAAAUGUAAUGUGGAAAGGAGAUGGGGACGUUCACCUCCGACUCAAAGGUUCUCGCGAUCCUUACGUGGUGACCGGCUUCGGCGCCGGCUUUGUGAUGUGCUGGCGUAAGGACGUACAGUGGGAGAUACAUACGAGAGAUGACCCCAAAGAGUUUAUGACUGUCACCAGCGGGGAGUAUGUCCUGGCCGUUCCAGAUUACAGCCACCAAGCACGUCAUUCCUAUGAGUCAAUCACGUUGGACAAGGAUACGGCCUCGACCAAAAGUAGCUUGAGACAUGAACCUAUAUUCAAAAAAGUAAUUAUGAAGCUUUCGGGAAAUGUGAGAUGGCUUGCAGGUUUGGUUUUUGAGCAAACCGUCCACGGCACGCAGGAACGCUCGUUUGACUUCCGACCACAUUAUGACGUUGUCUUAAGGAACCCUAAGUAUCUCAGUGCGGAAAGGUUAAAGGACUACGACGCCUAUCGUGGAUUUCGCAGUAACCAUAUUCACCUUUCCGUCGCUGUCGUGGCUCCGGUCUCGAGAGUUUGGUCCGUGUCAAACCGGGAACCAUCCGCAAGCUACAAUACGGUUCAUCUAACCCCUAGGUUUUUCACCCACUUCUUCAAUUGGUGGUCCUUGUUUUCAGGAGUCAUGUCCUUGCCUGUCCGCCAGGGUCCUCUCUGGCCAGGAUUAACGAAGACCAGCAAAAAGUUCAGUCGCCAUCUUGGGACCGUCAAAUACAACCUCUUCCUUUCACCUCUAUUUGUCUCUCACAUUUACAAACAUAAGGACGCCGAAGACUAUAAUGAAGAUGUCGUUUUUGCUACGGGAAUUAAAGCCCGUCUCGAAAGCUUCAUGUUAGAUCUCCAUCAGCGACGGGAGCAAGUCAAGACGCAGGUAAAAGGACGAUUGAAGCAAACCAAGGCGAGUAUGAUGAAAAUCAAUCGUGCGCAGUUGGAUUUUAUAUCAGCGGAUUUCAGAGCUGUUUCAGCCAGUAUUGGCGGUACCAAUCUAGAGGAUGUCCAGCAACCCGACGAUGAUAUCCUAUCCACCUUCCAGCAACCAGUCCCACCUGCUGACCUUUCUCGGUUUACCAUCCCGGAUCAUGACUUAAAUUGGGUAGAUAUGGAUGACUUCGUCGAGCUUGAUUGGAUAUUACCCUCUGAAUCCAAUCCCAAGACCAAGAUUCUUCCACUCGCAUAUUCUCCGCGAUUCUCGUAUUUCCGUCAAACGGAUCACCGGGAAGUUGGCCCGGAGGAGACAGGCUAUAGCCGUUUCGGUGACGAACCUACUCACUACUGUGUCAUGUCGCAAGAUAAUGAUCCACGCACGGUUCAAAUGGAUCUAAUUAGAGAGCGUCUCCAUGUACUCGGUGCGCAAAUUGAUGCUCAUGCGCGAUUGGUUGGAGAACAUGAACUCCAACUUGUUCGUGAGGGCACAGUAGACGAAGGAACUAGAAGUCAGUACGAGUUAUUCCUAAAACAAGGUGAAUCGCUCCAAACAAGAAGGGAAUUCCUUCGACAUGGACUUGGACGACUUGAGGAACAGGUUUCAAAUGCUAGAGGAGCCAAUGGAACACAUAGCAGAAAUCCGGAUCCAGACCCGUCCGUUGACGUUAAAGAGCUGAAAGAAGAUAUUGGUGCCCAGAUGCUUUACGCGUCUCCAGAUGAUGCAUUUGUCACCGACUUUGACAACCGUUUUAUUAUCCACAACAUCCAAUUGAAGUGGAAUAAUUCUUUACGAAAUAUUGUUCUUCGGUACAUCCACCAAAAUAGCCAACGCCGAGGUUUCGUUUACUACAUGUCUCGUCGUGCCGUCAAUUUCAUCCUAGAUAUUGUUGAAGAGCAAGGCAAAUCCAAACUGCAGCCGAUGGGUAGCCGGCGCCAGUCUUCCGGUCAUAUACCGGACCAAGCGAGCCAAGAUAAAGAUGACGAGGUGACGGUGGAAGCUCGAAUUGAACAGUUGCUCAAUGAUGCGAAGCGGUAUGUCAAUGCGGAUGAUUCAACGAACUCCCACGGCAAGCAAGAGGAACCUAAGAAGCAGGAAGAAAUCGCUCCUGAGUUUAAUGCCCACAACAGCUACCAUGUCAGAUUGAUUGCUCCGCAGAUUCAGCUCCAGAGCGAGAAGAACAAAAAAACUGUUGCGCUUGUGACUGCUAAGGGCAUGCAGUUGAAAGUAAUUUCAAUCCGGGACAAACGACGAGAAUCAGAUGAUGUUAGCGGCCUCGUGCAGCGCCGAUUCACUUUGGAUAUGGAUAGCGCUCAAUUUUUCGUUGCGACCCAAAAGACGUUCUCCAGCCAUGCCCAUAUAUACUGCGGAAACAGAUAUGGAAACCCUCCCGGAGCAGCCUGGCCCCCAUGGGUAUCCCUAGAGUCCAUGUUUGAAUUCGACCGCGAUCCGUCUGGGCUGUCCCGCAUUAUCCAGAAAACGUCUGCCAGCCUUCGAUAUGACAAAUACAACACCUUACGUCUAAAGUACAAUGAGAAGGUUGCUAAAGGAGACGGUGAACGGGUUUGCGAUUCGAUUGCCAAUGAGAACAGGAUUGAUCAAAUUUCGAUCAAUUUUCCACAGGUCCGAGCAAUCUGCGAUUCGUCUCAGUAUUAUUCGAUGUAUGUCAUUGUACUGGACCUUCUACUUUACAGCGAGCCGUUAGAGCAAGGUCGAAAUGAACGGUUGGAGAAGAUAAUGUUGGCUUCAGACUUUAGCGAUCUCAGAGGCGCUCCCGAAAUGGUCAACAAACUUCAACAGCGAAUAAGGCACCUCGAAGAUAUUAAAAAUCUCUUCCAAAUACAGUCAAAGUACCUAGAUGCCCAGGGGUGGAAGGAUCGCUUGGCGGUGGAAAAGGAUUUGGCAACCUGCGAAGAUGAACUAUUCUUUAUUAUGAAGGCUAUUACUACUUCACAGCGGAAGAAUGAGGAGCGUACAAAACAUCAUUCUAGCGGUCUUUUGAGGUGGACGCUGUCAGCAUCGGAAAUCGUGUGGCACUUAAUGAGGGAGCAUGGGGAGCCGCUUGUUGAAUUCCAAUUAAGGAACGCUGCCUAUGAGCGAACGGAUAAUAUAGACGGGUCGAAUCACAACGCGAUUGAAAUCCAACGUAUCUACGGACUUAACCUUCUCUCCAGUGCGAUAUAUCCGCAGAUGAUUGUGCCAUAUCUGGAUGAACAGCGUCAAAAUCCUCAAAAGGAGGACGAUAGGAUGCUGAAAGUUAAUUGGUACAUGCUCGAAGCUAUUGGUGGAAUUCCAAUAUUGGAUGACUUCGAGGUGACCCUAUUCCCGCUGAAGGUUCAAUUGGAGCGAGAGUUGGGGCAGAAGCUGUUUGAAUACAUUUUCCCAGGAGUUGGCUCAAAUGCCUUUGAAAACGGGGGGUUCUCCCCCUUCAUGAUCAAGAAAAUGGACCCGCUUGAGGAUGAUGAUGAGGAGGAUAGCGAUGAUAAUGCCGAGUUGCCUACGCCAGGAGCAAGCACUGGUAGUGGAUCGGCCGAUGACUCGCAGAGCUCUUACCCCGGCGCCAUUGAAAUGAGGCUGAAGCCCACACUUACAUUGCAAGACACUACUCGGUCGAAAUCUCCGGCUCGAAGGCCAAAGAUACCUGGAUUUACCCACAUAAGCAAGGAUGCUGUGAAGCAGAAAGCUGGAGCCGCGGGAGAUCGAUCCCGAUCUGCGACACGAACUCCGCCGUUGAGCCGCCUUCCAGUAAAGAAAAACUCUGUUGACAGCCUGCGACUGCUUGGGAGAUCCCAAACCGGAGGGGCUUUAACGGUGCAAUCGACAACUUCUGUGAACGAUGACAAGCACAGGAGGUUCGCCCUAUCUCGAUCCUCGACAAGAGCUUUUAACAAGUCCGACGGCCAAGUCGAUGACGUCUCGCAUAUGAUGUCAAGGGCAUCAAAUUACAUGAUCUUAACACAUGUAAAGAUCAACGAUGUUGUCCUCUGUUUAAGCUAUAAAGGAAGAGGCGAACGCAAUAUCGAAGACGUUCACGAUUUUGUGUUCAGACUACCAGUUCUAGAAUACCGCAAUAAGACUUGGUCUAACCUUGACCUUGCAUUGCGUCUGAAGAAGGAUGCCAUCAAAGCUCUCAUUUCGCAUGCCCCUGCAAUCCUCGGCAACAAAUUUUCACAUAACCGGCCAAAUAAGCAGCAACAAAUGCGGCUUCGGGAACUCGCCAGCUCGAAGCAAGUCUUCGCUUCAGAUAGCAUCUCGAACGUCUGUCCCUCAGACGGGUCAAACAGCAUCGUCAGCCGCAGCUCCACCGAGCAGUCUGAAUCACCUCGUCGGUCAUUUCAGUCAAACGCUUCGCCGUUUUCCGGUGCAAAAUCUAUUAUUUCCGGCUUUCAUUCAACCGGGCCCUCAAUGCCUAUCCAUGACUCCCGUUCUGCGAGGAGUUUGAACAUGGAUGCUUGCGACGAUUCUUGGAGUUUCCAAGAUGAACUCACGCGUCGACGGACGGGCGGUGACGAUUACGAAGUCGAGAAAAAAGACCAGAAACCCCAGAAAACUCGUCUACGCAAAAAGUCUCUCACUCAACUGCGUCGCAAGUUCUUGGGGGCUCCAGAUUAGAGCUUGCCCAUUAUCUUUCCACUGGUGUCCUUAACAUCUCUCCGUUA